UCGGAAAAUUGAAAAUUUACAGCUAUUGAACUGCUUUUGAGAAAACUAUUUAGAUCUGUAGUAAUAUAUUAGUGCAUUAAUUAAGUGAUAUUAAAUAAACGGUGAUAAAAAUAAUAUGCGUAUGUGAAAAACUUCAAGCAACAGCUAUUUCCACGAUCUAUCUAGUCUGCUGCAUUAGAUGCAAUAAUCUGCAGCCAUGGCUAUGUCGAAAGGCUUUAAGGUUCUCGAGAAAUCGUCUCCGCCUAAUCCGUAUAGUAUAAUAUUGCAACAUAGGAACAAGGACACUGCUCUGUUGUUCGAGUCCCAAGCUGUUGUAUCGUUAUCCGCCCAAGAAACUGACACUUUACGUAAACAGUAUCACAAAAUUGCCGACGCCUACGGCUGUCUGGGCGUCCUACAGCUCAACUCCGGCGAUACGUGCUUGCUGUACCUAGUCCUCGUGAUCGGAUGCUCCUCUAUUGGUAAGAUCGGCGAUGUUGAAGUCUUCAAAAUUACCCAAACCCAGUUGCUACCGUUAUUCUACCAUACACAAGGGGAGGAUAAAGUUGCAGAGGUAAGAAAGCUUCUAAAUUCUGGCACCUUCUACUUUUCUUGGAAUUCUGGAAAAACAAAUGAGAAUCUCUUUGAUCUGACUCUAUGCGCACAGAGGAAAAGUAAAGGUGCAAGUCCUGAUAAUAGAUUCUUUUGGAACAGAACAUUGUUUAUACAUCUAAUUAGAUUUGGUAUAGAUUGUGAUGAUUGGCUGACGAGAGCCAUCUGUGGUUCCGUAGAGAUUAGAACAAUCUAUGUUGGACACAGGCAGGCUAGAGCGGUCCUCGUCUCGAGAUUGAGCUGCGAAAGAGCUGGGACUAGGUUUAAUGUUAGAGGCUGUAACGAUGAUGGCAAUGUUGCAAAUUUUGUGGAAACUGAACAAGCUAUUUACAUUGAUGAUUCUGUUGCAUCAUAUAUUCAAACCAGAGGCUCUGUGCCACUUUAUUGGGAGCAACCCGGCAUCCAGGUCGGCUCUCAUAAAGUCAAAAUGUCAAGGGGCUUUGAUGCUUCAACAAGUGCUUGUGAUAGACAUUUUUCACAACUUAAACGGAACUAUGGUUCUAUUAUUGUUGUUAAUCUACUGGGUUCUAGUAUGAUUGGAGGCAGCGAAGGGGAGGCCAAUUUGAGCAAUGCUUUUCAAAGGCAUCUCAAUGAAUCUGCACAUGCUGAUGUCACACAGAUCAUUUUUGAUUACCACCAGGAAGUGAAAGCCUCCUCAAUUGAUGCAGCACUUGCAAAAUUUAAGAAAAUUGUUGAAAAGCACUAUGAUAGCAUAAGUAUUUUUAGUGCAAAGGGAGUGGAUGUUUAUAACAUUCAAAAAGGAGUAAUCCGCACCAACUGCUUAGAUUGCUUAGACAGGACAAACUGCAUACAAACCUUUAUUGGCUUAGAAAUGCUAGCCGUUCAGUUGCUGUUAUUACAAUGUAUUGACAAAAAACAAAAUGUGAAUAGAUUCGAAGAAGUUUUCAAACAGAUGUGGGUUAAUAAUGGCAAUGAAAUAUCAAAAAUAUAUGCAGGCACUGGCGCUAUUCAGGGGGGCUCAAAACUGAUAGAUGGAGCUCGAUCUGCAGCAAGAACUAUUCAAAACAAUCUGUUAGACAACACCAAACAAGAGGCCAUCGAUAUACUGUUACUUGGUUCAGCUUUGAAUUCUGAAUUAGCUGAUAGAACAAGGAUUCUCCUCCCAUCAAAUAUUUUACAUACUUCCACUGCAGUUUUGAGAGAAAUGUGCAAGAGGGCUAACGAGUUCACUCAACCGUCUACCAUACGCAUUACUAUAGGCACAUACAAUGUAAAUGGAGGCAAGCAUUUCAGAAGUCUAGCAUACAAAGAUGUUUCCUUGGCAGAUUGGCUGUUGGAUUGUCCCAAUUCAGCUUUGGUAAAUACGGUAAACUUGAAGGAACAUCCAUCUGAUAUUUUCGCUAUAGGCUUUGAAGAAAUUGUAGACUUAAAUGCGAGUAAUAUAAUGGCAGCCAGUUCCGAUAAUGCAAAAGCCUGGAGUGAGGAGUUAGAAAAGGUGCUAGGGAGAGAUGCCUCAUACACUCUACUGUCAAGUCACCAGCUGGUUGGAGUUUGCCUGUUUGUGUUCGUGAGGAAAGACCUAAUUCCACACAUAAGAGAUGUCGCCUUGGACUCGGUUAAAACGGGUCUGGGUGGUGCCACGGGUAACAAAGGCGCAGUCGCUAUUCGUAUGGUUAUUUAUGGAACUUCGCUUUGUUUUGUUUGUGCCCAUUUUGCAGCCGGACAAUCUCAGGUUACCGAGCGUAACGCUGACUACACCGAAAUUACGAGGAAAAUUACAUUCCCGAUGGGUAGGUCCCUGUAUUCCCACGACUAUAUAUUUUGGUGCGGCGACUUUAACUACAGAAUCGAUUUGGACAAGGAGGAGACGCGAUUGCUGGCCGCACAGAACAAUAUACAGAGGCUACUAGAACAGGACCAACUGUUGAGACAGAAAUCCCAAGAUUUGGUCUUUAAAAAUUGUUUCGAAGGCGAAAUAACCUUUUUGCCGACAUACAAGUACGACUUGUUCAGUGAUGAUUACGACACCAGCGAGAAGUGUCGCGCUCCGGCCUGGACGGACCGCGUUCUGUGGAGAAGUCGAAAGCACACCAUCGACCCCGAAACCACCACGGAACUACAAGCCGGCAAACUGCUCCACUAUGGACGUGCGGAACUCAAGCAGAGCGAUCACCGACCGGUCAUUGCUAUUUUAGAAAUAGAAGUCUUACAAGUGAGCUACACGAAGUGUAUGGAAGUGUUUUACGAGGUCGUCAAAGAUCUCGGCCCGCCAGACGCGAGUAUCCUAGUUCAACCCAAAGAGAUAGACGAAGAUACCGUCAUAGAAGAUUGCAUCAUGUCGGGAGUUUUGGCUGAGCUAUCGAGCAUCGGAGAGGUUACGCUCGUGCGCUUUAUCGACGAGCAUACGUUGAGCAUCACCUUCCGAGAGGGGCAGCACGCUUUGAACGCGGCUCAGAAGGGUGGCAUGACUGUUAAUUCGAUACCACUGGUUAUAAAAUUAAAAUCUCCUAAUUGGGUCGACAUAGUGCGAUCGGAAAUCAAUCUGUGCACUAAUAACACGGUGCCACUAUUUGGUGAAGCUCCAGUGGAUCGUCCCUUGCGCUCCGCCCCGCCGACACCUCGACGGCAGCAGCCGAGCAGGCCUCCGGCGCCGUCUCCCACUCCGUUGGUGCCGGCGAGGGCGGCGCCGACUCCGGCUAGGCCUCCGCCACCGCGACCUUCGCCUAUGCAGGAGACGAGCUCCAACGCUUCGUCCCCUAACCUCGCCAAGUCCCCGCCAGAAGAGAGUCUCCCUCCCCCUAACUGCGCCCCGCCCCCGCUGCCCGAAGGUAAUAAUACCCCACCUCCCACCGGCCCCCCGCCACCGGUGCCCGCUCGACAGGGCGCGCCACCACCGCUGCCCGCUCGCCCGAGGCCCAACGCGUAAAGAUGCAGUUGGUUAUUGCCUAAUGUCGGAUGUGUUUCUAUAGAUAGAUUUAAUUAUUUUACUAUUUACAUAGCUAGAGUUUGCAUAUUGUUUUAUAAUUCCUAUUUAAUUUUAUAGCUGCGGCUGUGAUCUUUAAUAAAUUACCAGAAUUUUGGAGGUGUCAGGAAAGUAAAGUUCUGCAGACAGCUAACUAGAAAAUUCUGAUUUUUUAACCAUACUUGGUUACUAGUUUACUACUGAUUCUUAAAUUGAUCUCACAAUUUUUCUUUUGAGAAAUUUAAAAUAUGAUCUUUUUUCUCAUAAUUAUAAUUAUGUAACUUACUUAAAAUAUAAUAUAUUGCAUUUUUUAUGUCAAUACAUCGAACAAUAGGUUGAGAUUACUGAUAUUUGUCAUUAAGUACAUUGUAAUGUCUUCUAACGUGUAGAGAACUGUAGAUUUGUAUAAAAGCUUACUAAUAGAAAAUAUAAUAUCAUGUUUAAGUGUUGCUGGUAGAUGUUAAAUGUUAAUGUUAGUGUUCAUAAUUUUUAAACAAAAAAUGUUUUGGCCAGUACCACAGUUUCAGAAUAACAUUUAAAAUUAGAUUAUUGUUUAUGCAAAGCAUUAAAUUU